AUGAUCAACACUUUUCUGGGGCUGCUGAUGCUAGUCGUACCUCUGUGGAUUUUUGCGUUCGUCGAUGGACCAGUCAAGCGGCUGGGCAUCAUCACCGUUUGCCUGCUGCUUUUUCUCAGCCUCGUCACUUUCACGACUACUGCGAGAGAAUACGAAGCGCUCGCAGCUACAGCCGCAUACGCUGCCGUCCUAGUAGUCUUCCUGCAGGUUACGUCCUGA